CUCUCUCUCUCUCUCUCUCUCUCUCAACACACAAGUAACAAUCCAAUAACAAUUGACAAUGGCAUUUGCCCGUAAAUGUUUUCUUGUUUUUUUGGUUCUCUCUAUGGUCUCUCAAGGACUGUGCCAUUGCACUUUCGGUAAGAUCCAGAUCGGAACGGUGAGAACCGGGAGAGAAAUCGCUGGACAACCAGAGUGGAAAGUGACGGUAAGCAACACGUGCAAAUGUUUUCAGAAGCACGUGACUCUGUCUUGCGGAGGGUUUGCUCCUGCGAAGCCUGUCAAGCCAUCGCUGCUUCGCCCACAAGGAAACACGUGUCUUCUGAUUAAAGGAGCAGCUCUGCCAGCUGGCGCAACCGCUCAGUUCGCUUACGCCGGCCAGCCUUACAUCUUCAGACCCGUAGGUUCCACAGUCGACCCACGUUGCAAGAACUGACUUCUUCCCUCUGUUACGAAUUCUUAUUAAUUAAAAAACAUUUGUGGUUAUCAUAUAUUUCUUGCUACUCAAGGACGAGGAUGUUUCUUAUUGUCCAAGAAACUGGAUUUAUGAAUUCUUGUGUGAAACUUGAGUUUUACAUACAGAAUUAGAUGUUAGACGAUUAUGCAUAUAUAUGAUCAUCUGAGGAAUAAUCUCUUCAUCUUCACUUU